AUUGCCCGUUCCUAUAUUCCUUUCGGGAAUCUGAAGACUGGUGGACUGCAUACCGGUCGGUGGAAAUUUGGAUGCAUACAACAAUAAAUAUACAAGUAAUCAGACCCCAAAAAAAAGUAUAUAUAAAAAAAAGUAGAAACUGGCUUAAUGAAUUCGGUUGCUCGUAUUUAUCCACCAACAUAACACCCAUUUCUUUCCAUUUCUAUUGAUUAAUCAAUAAAUAAAAGAUAGAAAUGGAAGGGACGAUUCGUUGUGAUGCGAAUUACGUUCCAUUAACUCCAAUAAGUUUUCUGGAAAGAUCAGCAGUUGUUUAUAGAGACAGAUUGUCGGUUGUUUAUGAUCAUCAUGUUAGCUUCACUUGGCGACAGACUCGUGAUCGAUGUCUCAAAAUUGCUUCUUCUCUUGCAUCUCGUUUUCAUAUUGCUCGCCACGAUGUUGUGGCUGUCAUGGCCCCGAAUAUUCCAGAAAUGUAUGAGCUCCAUUUUGCAGUCCCGAUGGCAGGUGCUGUUCUUUGUUGCCUCAACAUCCGUCAUGAUUCAGCAAUGGUGUCAACUUUACUCAAACAUUCAAGUGCCAGACUUUUAUUCGUGGAUUACCAAUUUAUAGAUGUCGCCAAGGGUGCAAUAGAUAUCAUGAAAUCAAUGUCUACAGUUCCUCAACUGGUGUUGAUUCCAGAUUCUAGUGGGGGUUCCCUACAGCCAAAGUUGGAAAUUACGGAGUACCAAACACUUUUGGAUAUGGGAAGUCUUGAUUUUGAGAUCAGAAGACCGAUUGAUGAGUGUGACCCGAUUGCACUUAAUUAUACAUCAGGAACAACUUCAAGUCCUAAAGGCGUGGUUUAUAGUCACAGGGGUGCUUAUCUGAACUCUUUAGCAACUGUAUUACUUAAUGAUAUGCCAUCGAUGUCUGUAUACUUAUGGACGCUUCCUAUGUUUCACUGCAACGGAUGGUGUUUGACGUGGGCAUUGGCGGCGCAGGGUGGUAAAAAUGUCUGCCUCAGGGAGGUGACUGCAAAAGGUAUCUUUGAAAGUAUAUGUCGACACAAAGUAACACACAUGUCUGGUGCUCCUACAGUUUUGAAUAUGAUGAUCAAUGCGCCGACCACAGAGCAGCUCCCACUUCCAGGAAAGGUAUUGGUGAUGACCGGUGGUGCUCCACCACCUUCUCAGGUGCUUUUUGGUAUGGAGCAGCUGGGGUUUGAUGUGUGUCACGGAUAUGGUCUCACUGAGACGUAUGGUCCUGCAACGGUGUGCACCUGGAAACCUGAGUGGAACUCAUUGCCAGCAGAUGCAAGAGCGACAAUCAAGUCCCGGCAAGGAUUGAAUCAUUUAGGUUUGGAGCAAAGCGAUGUUAAGGAUCCAGUGACCAUGAAAAGCGUUCCAUGGGAUGCCAAGACAAUAGGAGAGGUCAUGUUACGUGGAAACACUGUAAUGAAUGGAUAUUUAAAGGACACAAAGGCGACACAAGAAGCUUUCAAGGAUGGAUGGUUUCGAAGUGGUGAUUUAGGGGUGAGACAUCCAGAUGGUUACAUUGAACUCAAGGAUCGGUCCAAAGACAUUAUAAUUUCGGGUGGCGAGAAUAUCAGUACCAUCGAGGUGGAAUCCGUGCUUUUCAGGCAUCCGGACGUUCUUGAGGCGGCUGUUGUAGGACGUCCGGAUGAUCAUUGGGGGGAAACACCGUGUGCUUUUGUGAAGCUAAAAGAAGGGUAUAAGUUAAAUGGCGAUGAUUUAAUAGCAUUCUGCAGGAAAAAUUUGCCACAUUAUAUGGCACCCCGAAUGGUUGUGUAUGAAGAGUUGCCAAAGACGUCGACUGGGAAGACGCAGAAGUUUGUUCUCCGCGAAAAGGCCAAGGCCAUGGGGAGUUUGUCGUCAAAAGGUAAGAGCAAACUAUGAGGGUUGAAUUUGUUGCAAUUAUCUAAUCUUAAUUGAAAUCGGAUUCUGUGUAUAUCGAAUGCUGUAUUUUGCGCAGUAUCUUUUGUGAAUGGUUAAUAUAAAUAAUGAACACUGUCCAUGGAA